CGUCCAAACAACCCGUGUUCUCGCUGGUCGAUGAAGCACAAGGAUUCAUGGUUGGCUUUGCUUAGUUCUACCUCCUGCAGGCCGCGAGAAACGGGAGCUUUACAGGAGACUUGCACCACAAUGUCCCCACUCAUAUGUUCGUGACACGCCUAUUGUCCUGAAAUGCCAGAGAAGUUGACCGUUGGAAGAACGAAGUUGGCGAUUUCAAAGUCAGGUACAAUGCAGGGCACUGGACGAUUACAUCACCACUUUUGGCUGGACUCCUCUCCUGCGUUCAAUGGCAUGCAGUGUUGCAGAGCACAUCUGCAAGCAUUGGAUCUGGUAUUUAUCCUGCUGAGUGUCGUACAAACCAGUAAAUUCAAGUUUGUAUCCACUAUACACAAUGCCUAAACCACGGGUCCUCUACUGGUUCAGGACAGAUCUUCGUCUCCAUGAUUCUCCCGCCUUGAAAUCAGCUCUAGAUCUCAACCCGGAAGCAUUCUAUCCAAUCUGGUGCUGGGACAGCCACUAUGUCUACCACGCCCGCGUCGGCGUCAACCGCUGGCAAUUCCUCAUCGACUGCAUGAACGACGUCUCUCAAAGCAUCACCAAGAUCAACAAGAAAAGUCAACUCUUCGUCCUGCGUGAACCGGCCGUAACAUUGUUACCGAAAUUGUUCAAGGCGUGGAAGAUAUCUCAUCUGGUGUUUGAGAAGGACACGGAUGCGUAUGGACGGCAGAGAGAUGAGCAGGUCUUGGAGUCUGCUAGGGAAGCGGGUGUGGAGGUCAUCACCAAAUUUGGGCGAACGUUGUGGGAUAGUGAUGAGAUUGUCAAGAAGAAUGGCAACAAGCCGACCAUGACGAUCAAGCAGCUGGAAGCGGCGGGAGACAAGAUUGGUGAGGUCGAGAAACCGAUUGAUGCUCCGAAGAAGAUUCCUGAUCCGGGUGAUAUGAGUUUGGAUUUUGAGCAGACGCAGCCGAAGACGAAGCCGGAUUUCAAUGAGAAGUUUCGAGAGGGUGAAGAUGGAUCGUACGGGUCUGGGGUUGCGGGACCGAAGGGUGAUUUUGCGGUGCCUUCGUUGGAGGAGUUGGGCAUGCCUGUUGCUACGACGCAACAUCGAGGCGGCGAGACCAUCGGGCUGAAGCAGCUCGAAGGAAUUCUGAAGGACGAGGACUACACCGGCACGUUUGAGAAGCCCAAGACGUCACCCGCUGCGUUUGAGCCUCAAUCCACUUUCCUGACCUCGCCUUACCUCCACUUUGGCGCGCUCAGUGUCCGCUAUUUCUACCACCGCGUGCAAGACAUCAUCGAAAAACGCAAAAAGUCCAAACAACCCACCUCCUCACCCCCGGAAUCGCUCAUCGGCCAACUCCUCUUCCGCGACAUGUACUUCGGCGCCCAAGCGUCCCUCGGAUGGUCCUUCGGCCAAACCUACAACAACCCUCACUGUCGCUUCAUCCCAUGGCAUCUGCCCAGCAAAGUCAACACCGCCUCACGCCUCAUCACAGGUGAAUAUGAAGUCGACAGCCCCGAGGCAGACGAAUGGUUCAAGCGCUGGUCGAACGGUACCACCGGCUUCCCCUGGAUCGACGCGAUCAUGCGCCAACUUCGACAGGAAGGCUGGAUCCACCAUCUCGCCCGACACUCCGUCGCCUGUUUCCUCACCCGUGGUGGGUGUUACAUCAGCUGGGAACGCGGCGCAGAAGUCUUCGAGGAGCUGCUCAUCGACCACGAAGCCGCCUGCAAUAUCGGGAACUGGCAGUGGCUCAGCUGCACGGCCUUCUUCGCCCAGUUCUACCGCUGCUAUAGCCCCGUCGCAUUCGGCAAGAAAUGGGAUGACGAAGGGGCGUAUAUUCGAAAAUACGUGCCCGAACUCGCGGACAUGCCGAAGAAGUAUAUUUACGAACCGCACAAGGCGCCGAUCGUCGACCAGAAAAAGGCGAAGGUGCUGAUCAAAGGUGAUGGGAGUGAGAAGGAAGCGGAUGGAGUGAAAGUGUAUCCGAAACCGAUGUUUGACUUUGCGCAGCGGAGGGACGUUUGUUUGGCGGGGAUGAAGAAGGCGUAUGAGGUCAAGUUGUAUGGAGAUGCGAAGCAGGUCAUGGAUGGGAGCUGGAAGGCGCUGUUUGAGGAUGAUGGGGAGGGUCCGACAGAGGGCAAGAAUGGUGGGCCGGGAGGGUUGGAGACGUGGAGUGAUGCGGAUGGUGGGGAGGGGCAUGAGGAGGAAGAAGCGGGAGGGAAGACGCCGAAGAAGGAAAAGCAGGUCAAGGUGGAGGACGGUGGUACGCCGAAGAAGAAGGCUGGUGCUGCUGCGACGGAUGGAGGGAGCAAGAAGACGCCGACGAGGGCUGCGCAUAAGCGGGAGGCCAGUCAGAGUACGCUGAGCUUUUCGAAGAAGCGAGCAAAGGAGGAGCGAUGA